CUGGUGUUUUGGAGUACUGUAGACCAAUAUUGGCACUUUGCAGAAAGACCUUGGACGAGCGGAUUUAGCGUUAAGGAAGGAUGGGCCAGCAUGGAGUUAGCUCUGGACCAGCUCAUUGACGGUUUGCCGACAACGCAUGUCUCGUUUGAAACUCUCCGAGACUUUGUCAAGAAGCGAAUUGGAACUUUCCAGUAUAUUAUCAAAAUGCACGAAGGGAAUUCGCACUUCUUGAGCACGGUCAUCAUCUCCAACGACAUGCUCGUUACCAUGCACCAUGAGGAGAAGGCUAAAGUGAAAAAAAGAGUUACAAAGUGGUUUCAUCUGGGUUAUAGUAUUGGAACUAUUCUUGGUAUUCCGAGCUCGACGGAUUUCGUGCGAGCGUUCAGUCAACUCGUAUCCGAGUAUGAGAAUAGCGAUAAUGACAGCCGUCGCAACCUGAAACGUAUCUUUUCGGGGAAAACACCGCGAGGUGGGUCUACUGGCGAUCAAACCAGUCAGCCUCCAGAUGCUGGUGUGUACACUUAUAUGGAUACCCCACACCUGCCGUUUGAUAUCGAUCAUGUGCCGACGGUGUUGGGACUGUUCGAGGUUCUCACUCUUGCCUACAGCAAGUUUACCGAAAAUAGCGAGGCAUGCCGAAAUCAAGCAUUUAUCGAUGCAGUUAUGAAGAUUGAUGGGAAAAUCAAGAAAAUUAUUGGGGUUGUGAUGAAAGACUUGGACUUCGUCGCCAAGAAUCGUGUAAAGGAGGAAUUGGAUAUGUUGCUUCUGACACCACCGGAACUAAUGUAACAGACCGGCUCGGGUGCCCUCCCUAUCCCAUUUGUUGGGAUAUGUAAAUACCUAAGUUGAGUGCCUAUUGGGCGGUCGGAGCGUUCAAGCCAUGAAGUCAUUGAUGUCAAUCAAAUUGGGACCAAAUGAGCACACGCAAAUGAUGAGUGAGGUCCACCGUUAAUUAUAAAGGAUAAAACGAACAAGACAGACUAUACCCUGUCUAAAAUCUAUACAAAGAAAGACUAGAUAAACACAA